UUUUUUUUUUCAUAAUUUAUAAUAUCUUAUACAAAUAAUGGAUACAUCGAAAAAAAGAUUACGUGCAAUUGAUGAGGUUGGAGAAACUUCAUCAACAUCUACAUUACCACCUUCUCGUCCUCCAUUAAAGAAACGAUUUACAAGCUCAUUUAAUAAUGCUAUCCAACAGCAACAACAACACAACAACAACAAUAUACCAAUGAUGAGACUGAGCAAGUAAUGAAAAUGGCAGCUAAAUCAGUUGUUAAACUAAUUGAGUAUCCGGAAAGAAUAGAUGAUUAUACAAAAGAAGAAUUAUUACAGCACAUGCGUCUAGCAAAGGAUGAAGCUAAUAAUCUAGAGACACAGCAUAAUGCAAUAAAAGAAAAAUUUUUGGAUAAAGAGAUACAACAAAGUUUAUUACGAAUUGAUUGGGGUUUGAUUCAAGCUGAAAUUGUUUUUAUGGCUAAAAUAUUGAUUGGUGUUGAAUUACCAGAACCACCAGAAUUACCUGUUCGUAAAUUAACUAUAGAUCAACAAAAAGAUUGGUGUUAUCGUAAUCAAAAUAUUAUUAAGGAAAUUGGCACAAAGGCAUUAACUCGACUCGAAAGUUGGAAUCAACAAGCAGAGCUGAUUGAAAGAAAAUAUCGCCUUGAAGAUGACAUCAUGUUAAAGUGUGUAAUUGUCUCUGAUUGGCUUAAAGCAGAGGUCACUGAUCUGCAAGCUUCUUACAAAAGAGGUCAAGAUGCUAUGAUGGAUUUACAAAAGGUAUUGGAUAUUUUAUUAGAGCAAACAAAUCUUAUUGAGGGUCAUAUCAAGAUGGCUAAGACGGAAGUAAAUUCAGCAGUAGAGCGUCUAGAAAGUUGUGUAGAGGAGUUAAAUAUGGCUUGUAAACGACAAGAUCGAGCCAAGAGUAAAUUAGUAGCCGCAUUAAGUUUUGGUGGGUUAGGAAAUUUGGCAGGUUCUAGUAGUAAACAAGAGAGUGGGACUGAUGUGGUAGCAAAGGUUUCAAAUGCACAAGAAUUGACAUUAAGCAAGGAAGGUAGUAUAGCUAACGAGCCCUCUAUGACACAAGAAGCAAUAGAAGCACAAUUAAAGGAACAUAAACUUAUUUUAGCAGCUAGAGAACAAGAAUUUGAAAAUCUAAAAAGAGAUCGACAAUUACUUUUAAGAGAUGAAGAGCGACUCUUAUCACUCUUUACAAUGAGUGAAGACCGAAUGGCGGAAACAGAAUAUGUCAAAACACUCAAGUUAUCUAUUGAACAUUAUCGUGACCGCUGUUAUCAUCUAGAACAACGACGUACAGAGAUUGAACGAGAGAUGGAUAAAAUAUCAGCCUCCCGACAACAAUUGAUUGAACAGGUCAAGUCUGAAAAGAUAGCACAAGGAAUCAACGAGAUCAUUUCCAGAUAUUGUUAGAAGAUCAGAAGGCAAAAGAAAGUCGUGAAAAGGAAGCGCAAGAAAAGAUAAUUGCGUUUGCAAAUCAAGGAAAGAUGAGGAUUAGUGUACUUGAGAGUCGUAUUGCAAAAUUAAAGGCUGAACAAGAGAUGACAAAGGAAGUAAUUACAUUUAAUGAAAUGAAAAGUAAUAUA